UCUGGAGACAGCCACAGCUUCUCGGGGCAGCCUGUGCCAGUGUCUGCUGUGCCAGCUGGAAGCUGGGAUGGAUAACCCCAGAGCCGAGGGCUGGAGAGUUUGAUGCGGAGAGCGGCACUGUCCCCACCGGGACACCCCUGUCCGCGCCGCCCAUCCCGUGCGCUGCGGAUGGAUGGGCACGGCGACAGGGACAGGGGGCUGUGCCUGCUCCGCACGGAGGAUCUGGGGACACGGAGCCCUCCUGCAGCUCCCCCAGGCUGCCGCCGGCGAGUCGCGGCUGCGUUUCCUCGGGAGAGGCGCUCCUGGAAUUGCUAAUGCUCCAGCCCGGAGGUGCGGCAUGCGGAGCGCUGCAGCCGCAGCAUCAGGUACAGCAGCAACGCCGCCGUUAAUUAUUGACUCUCUCUUCAAUUAUCAGCCCUGAUAAGGCAGCACCCCCCUCGACAGCCCGGGCGGCGCUUGGUGCUCGGUGUUUUCUGGGAAAAAGAACUAUUCCGUGGAAAAGUAACUCGUUUUGUGCACCGGGAUUGAACUGUCCUCGCAAAGGUCAUCCGAGAGCCGUGGGCUGCUCUGCUGGAAAAUCAAUCCCUCUUUUGUGCUUCUUGGUUUAAACUUGUGUUUGCUUUGUGAGCAAGGUCACAGCUCAGCUGACCAAGUUUGUGGCUGCUGGAGCAGGCUGGGGUCCAGCCACGCUGCGCUCGCUGCUCCGAGCCCUUGGCAUGGGAGAAGAUGCUGUGGAGGGAGGCGAGAGCUGCUGCUCCCCGGGGGGUUUGUGGGUGCCAGCCUGAGCAGAGUGAAGCCACUCCUCAGUCCUUGUCAGAAGAUGCUUAAGUGACAGCCCAGUUAGACCCCACCAUGGAGAAGACAGAAGCAGAUGGCCAGCCGCCCAAACCUGACGGGGACCGGGAGCAGCCCCGCAGCCUCCCCUACUCCCUGGAGACACCCUACGGCUUCCACUUGGACCUGGACUUCCUCAAGUACGUGGACGACAUCGAGAAAGGCAACACCAUCAGGAGGGUGCACAUCCACCGCAGAGCCAAGCAGCCCAAAUUCAACACCCUGCCCCGAAACUUCAGCCUGCCCGAGAGCGGCUCCCGCGGCUGCUCCACCGCCGCUCCCAGCAAGAGCUGGACCUCCACCUGCUCCUUCCCUCAGCGAAAGGCGUCCCUGGGCGAGGAGCCGCCGCGGGCCCUGCUGCCGGCCGGGGCAGCUCCCGAGGAGCCGAGCUACCGGAGGAAGGCGCUGCUGGCGGAGGCGCGGCGGCAGGCGGAGCUGGGCUGGCCUCAGGCGGAGCUGGCCCGGCCGCAGGACGCGCUGAGGGCGCGGCCGCAGCUGCUGCGAGCCUCCAGCAUGCCCGAGGCGCUGCCCCCCGGCCACAGUCCCCCGGCGGCACCCUCGCCUCUCCGGAGCCCUCCGCAGCCCUGCCACGGCCCCCAGAGCGCCUCCCGGCCCAGCUCGGAGGGCAGCGGCUCAGCCCCGCCGCGGGAGAUGGAGCGGGACGGCUCCGCGGGGCAGCCCGGCGGGGCUCUGCCCCUACAGCCCCCCUGGCAGAGCCAGCAGCUGCAGGUGCUGGUGGAGAGCGGGGCCGAGGAGGGCGAUGCCGCCGAUGGCUCCGACCUGGCCAGGGCUGAGGCAGCGGCAUCGGCUGCCCUCCGGCUGGCGGAGGAGAGCGUGAGCCCUGCGGAAAGGGGGCUCGGUGUGAGUGAGAUGGAUCUGAACGUGCUGAAGGAAAGUGAGGAGAGGAAUGUCCGAGCUGGAGGGGACAAGGAGAGCAGUGCUCCCCAGGCCCCUGAGCAUGGAGAGCCCGGCGGGGUUGCGGCGCUGAAGCAGCAGGUCGCUGAGCUGGAGGAGCAGCUGGCCAAGAAGAAAGAGGAGCUCGAGCAGGUCAGGGCAGUGCUGGAGCAGCAGGAUCGUGAGAUCCAGGAGAAGGAGAAGAGCAUUAAGCUGCUGGCCAGCUCCAAAGCUGAGCUGGAAGAGCAGCUGUGGCAGGAGAGGGCCAGGGAGGCUGAGCUGCGGAGGCGCACGGGCAGUGGGACCUUGCAGUGCCUGGAUGCUGCUGUGAACACGGAGCUCUCGCAGGGGACAGGGCUCCGGCAGGCCCAGGACAAGGGCGUCAACGUCAAUAUCCCGCUCUCCACCAGAUCCAUCGGCUGCGGCACCCUCAGGGCAGAGAGCACCCAGGCCGGGGAGGCGUGCAGGGAGCAGGGCCCGGCAGGCGCUCGGGCAGAGGGACGUGCUGGUGAGGCCAGCGUGGAGGCCGGACCUCCUGCUCCUUGCCUCAGGCAGCUGCAGAUCCACGAGCACCCCGGAGACCACAACCAGAACCACCAGAACUCCCUCGGCAAGGCGGGCUUUGGAGAAGAUGAACCUCGGGAAGGGCUGCAGGAGGAAGGGGCCCCUGGCCACGAGGAGCUCCCGGCUGUUGACCCCAUUGGCCAAUAUGUGAAAAAGAUCCAGGAGCUCCUGCAGGAGCAGUGGCUGUGCUUGGAGCACGGCUACCCCGAGCUGGCCAGCGCCAUCAAGCAGCCGGCCUCCAAGCUCAGCUCCAUCCAGAACCAAUUAGUUAAUUCCCUGAACUCCCUGCUCUCUGCCUACUCCUCACAAGGCCCUGUGGAUAAGGAGAAUUCCAACACGCACUAUCAACAGUUGGAAAACUCUCCAACCACAAGUCUUAAAUCCAUCAUGAAAAAGAAAGGUUAUGGUUUCCAUGCAGGAGGCAAUGGGACCAAAAAGAAUCUCCAGUUUGUUGGGGUAAAUGGUGGCUACGAGACAACAUCAAGUGAAGAGGACACCAGCUGUGAGGACAGUGACACCGAGACCGAGGACAGAGCCGGGGACGUGGAGCCCGAGCAGGAUGGAAGGGAAAGCAGAGGGCCUUCCUCAGGGGAGAAGCGUGAGGAGGACGAUGAUGAUGAUGAUAAUGAUGAUGAUGAUGAGCAGGAGGCAUCAGCAGGAGCAGCUCCCUGCUCUCAGCACCAGGCUCACAGAUGCAAACCCUCCGAAGAUUUCCUUGCUGCCUGCCAGCUCCUCAGUGAACACCUCCCAGAAAUCAGCAGCAGAAGCAACCAGCAUCUGCAGCCUGUGCUGGGCUCCAUCUCCCAGGAGUGGUUCCAGGUGUCCAGCCACAAGGCUUCCAGGCCGGAGGUGGUGGCAGCGUACCUGGAGGCGCUGGGGGACAUCCACCCCCAGCUCCUGGAGACCGUGGUGAACCUGCCCGACAGGAAUGGCAACACAGCUCUCCACUACAGCGUGUCCCACUCCAACUUCCAGGUCGCAAAGCUCCUGCUGGACACGGGGAAGUGCUGCCUGGACCUGCAGAACCGUGCUGGCUACACGGCCGUGAUGCUGACGCCGCUGGCGGCCCCCGAGACCCGCCAGGACAUGGAGGUGGUGAUGAGGCUGCUGCAGGAGGGGGAUGUCAACCUGAGAGCUGCCCAG